AUGUCGGUCGAGGUAGCGACAGGAACGCCACUGGCAGAAGCCCUCCACAAUGCCGUGCAACCCAAGCUGGCUGAGGUUGGCUGGAGCACCGGCGCCGCAGACGACUCAGCGCUCGCCGAGUACAUCAUCCUCAUGCUCGUCAACGGCAAGACCCAAAGCCAAAUCGCAUCAGAACUCUCCAACGAUCUGCUUGGCCUCGGUCCUGACGAUCCCAGCACCAACGAAUUCGCGACAUGGUUAUUCGAACAAGUCCACACAUUAAACGGACAGCUCAAUGGCGCCCAAGAUACGCAAAUGGAUUCGGCGCAACCUGCCGAUGGCACAACUGUCACUCAAACCCAGCCGGGUCAAGACCAGACUAUGGGCGAUGGAGGCGAUUCGCUACUUGAAGGCGCAAUGUAUGUUGGCCCGCGCCAUGUUCGCAAGACUCAUCUGCUAACUAUACCCAGUCCCACCGGCCCCAAGUCGAUGCGCAACGGUAACGGCAAGCAGCAAACACGAGACCGUCGCAUGCUCGGACACAUGAACAAAGCCCUCGAUCGCACAAAUGAUGCCCCGCUACACAGAAUAAGAGGUGGUGGGGGCGUCGGCAGAAUCAACACUCACAACAACCGCGAGCCUCCCAAGGGCCCUCGCAACAUGGCCAACCGUAUGCAGAACAUGAGCCAGAUGAACUCGCCAAUGACCCAGAACGCCAUCAUGGGAGCCAACCCGCAGCAACAGAUGCAACUGUUUAAGAUGCUGGAAGAGCAAUCGCGCAUGAUGGCUCAGAUUCUUGGUCCUGGUCAGCAAUUCCCCAAUGCUCCCGCCAUCAACCCAGCAUUCUUCAAUGGUCAGCAGCAACAGCAGCAACAGCAGGGCCAGCAAGGCAAGUCGCUAUUUGAGCGUGUUGAGAAGCCCAGGAAAAACAGCAACUUCAAGAACAACCAGCGACCCAACGCAGGUGCAGACGCCAUGGACACCGAGGGCGCCGAGAACGCCGACUCGGAACAGAAGGAACCCUCGACCAUCCCCUGCCGCUUCCAACUCUCUUGCACGAAUCCCUCAUGUCACUUUGGUCACCAGUCUCCCGCCGCACCACCCGGCAUUGCUCUUGAUCUCACCGACACAUGUCCUUAUGGCGCCGCCUGCACGAACAAGAAGUGCGUUGCUUCUCACCCUUCGCCCGCGCAAAAGCGUGCCCACCUCUCGACUCAAGUGGACNUGCAAAUUCUACCCAAACUGCACCAACCCGAACUGCCCCUUCAAGCACCCCNNACCACACCGCCCUGCAGAAAUGGCGCCGACUGUCCCGAACGCGACUCUGGCUGCCAGUUCUCCCACAGCGACAUCAUGUGCCGCUACACGCCUUGCUUGAACCCCAACUGCCCUUACCGCCACACCGAUGGCCAAAAACGCAGCGCAAACUGGACGAACCCCAACGCCAAACACGUCAGCGAUCGUACUUUUGUCACAGACGCAGACGGCGAUGAAGAGUUGAUCAUACCCGGUCAGAGCAGCGGAGAGCAGCAGCAAGAAGGUCAAUCAGCAGAGCAGCAGCAACAGCAAGGCCAGGCUCAACAGGCCAAUGCAGAUGUCAUUGCUUAG